ACUAUCAACCCUAACCCCACGGGUCGGGCCCUCGCAGCUCCCUCUCUCCCGUGCGUUCUCAGCGCUGCAUUAUCACGCUCGGUCGUAGCCUACCGUGGUCUAUUACCGCACGGGUAAGCCCACGGAGCAUCUCAGAUGCGGGUUGAACGCAAUGCUGAAUCCUGAAGCAGCCACAGUUUUCGGCGGCCCCUCCCAAUUCUCACUCGCCCUCGCUCCCUCCAGCCAGCCCUUAGCGCCGUGAGCCAUGGCAUCCACGGGACCACCCCCGUCGCCGCCGCCAGGCUGGACCAUCCUGCCGGACAAUGAGUGGCUGACGCGCACGGCUGCGGUCCUGCUCGGCUACAUCCAGCCGUCGAGCCCGCUGCUUCCCGGGGAGCUGACCAAGAUCGCGACGCAGUACCUCAACAGCCGGAACAGCAACAAGCUGCAGGGCUACGAGAUCGAGUACCUGGAGGGGUACAUCCGGAAGCAGCUGCCGGCGCUGGACCUGUCGGCGUACCACCGCGUCGGCGGCGGAGCCGGAGCCGGAGCCGAAGAGACCCAUACCCAUACCCAUACCGACGCCAUGCGCAGCGUCCUGGACUACUACGGCGGCGUCGUGGACCACGGUAAUUCUGAGGCAAGUGCGCUCAACGCCCCAGCCCUGUGUUUUCAGGGCACCAAGGAUCUAGGGAUUUUCCUGCGUGAGAAUGAUGCGAUGGAUGAUACCGACUACGAUGACAACGACGACGGGUCGUCGGCGCAGACCGUAUAUAGCGAGAUUACGAGCCAGUAUGAGCUCGCCACGGUAGCAACCAGCGUCAGCGGUGCCAGCGCGUCGCCGGCCUGCAAGCGGUUCGGCUGCGGCUACUGCGGGAAGGAAUUCAGCAAGCGAUUCGAAUUGAACCGGCACUGGAUCGGACUCGCCAAGUCCUGCACCGAGCGGCUCGUCGAAUUCCCUCCGUCAUUGUCGCAGUGCAGCCGCUGCGGCAAGAAGACGUCACAAUCCGGAACCGGCAUCGACAGUAUCGCCGAGCACGACGGUAAUUUCGGCACUCAGGUCCGAACCGAUUCCCUUCCGAAGGGGUGGAGACGCGGCUACCCAAAGCUAUCGGAGCAGGAAGAGGAGGACGAUUUCUUUGAACCGACCGAGGCGGGCUAUCCUUCGGCCCGGCCCACGAUGUUUGCCGGCCGGUUCAGAGAGUCGGAAUCGGCGGAGUGGAUGCCUAAGCACGUGCAGUUCAAGCACAACCCGAACGACCGAAAGCCUGCUCGGAAGGCGGGGUGUGGUAGCGGCAUCGGGGAUGCAUGCGCCUGAAGCGCGCCAAGCACCAGACGCGUGCGACGACAAGCGGAUUUGACGCCGAAGCAUGCAGCGUAAGCUCGAGCGGGGUGAACGUUGGGAUGAUUAAGAUCCUGCGUUGGACUUGCUCUUGCUUGCUUGUGGAGAGCCCCUGUGUCUUUGAGUACCGAUUCGAUCUGCCGAAGUUCUUUCGUGUCGCUUUGUUUGCUGUUGAUUAUUUUUAUGUACAUGACGAAACAUGAUUAUUUUCGCGCAUGAAUGGAGA